UUAUGGAUAAUCCGGCCCUGCUGUUAACCAGUUUACACAUCGAUGGAGGAGCUAAAGAGAUUUGGCAAUCUAAACACGGAAUAUCCACUUUCCCAAUUAACAAUAUGCAUGGGCUUCUUUUUCGUUUACUUCUUGGAGGAGGUAUCGCAUUGGUUGAUCACGAGACUACCAGCUGAACCAUGUCCUCCGAUAAGAAAAAAAAUCAACAACUUCACGCGUUGUUCAGUAACACCAGUGGACACUGACAAACCAUUCAUCAUUGAAGAUAAGUACGAACAAGACAACAAUCUGUCCCAAAGUGAUUCAGGAAACGACACUGAAUCAGAACGUUGUGGUGACAACGAUGAUACUUCGAAUUUGGAGAGAAGCCUAACUAUAGAUGAGAACCGCGAAAAUAUAGUCCAUGACACACUCAGCUUGAACUCAGAGGUAGAGAAACGAAAUCAAAAGAAUUCUGAUAUGUUUAAAGAAAAUACAAAUGUUGAUCUUGACAAAGAUAUGAAUGAACAACUGCACCGAGAAGAUGAAUUAAUGGAUGGCGAAAUCAAGACACAACAGCAAAUCAUGAGAUGUUUCCUGAUAGUACUCGCUCUAUCUUUCCACGCAAUAUUUGAAGGACUAGCUAUAGGUCUCCAGAACAAUCCUGCUGAUAUUUGGUACCUUUUCGUAGGGGUGUCGAUCCAUUCAGCAACAAUUUUGUUCUGUAUAGGGCUAGAACUUCUACUAGCCAGAUCUACGACCAAGAACAUUUGCUUACUGAUGCUGACCCUAGCGAUCGCGAGCCCUUCCGGAGUGAUUCUGGGACUUUUUGUGACUAUUAAGAGUGAUUUGGAGACCAGAGCGAAAUCUACGGCUGUAGUUCUGCUAGAAGGACUUUCUGCAGGAACUAUUUUAUAUAUUACUUUUUUUGAGGUGCUCAACAGAGAAAAAGAAAGAAGGGUGUAUAGAAUACCGAGAGCUAUUUGUAUAAUUGGAGGGUUUUCUUUGAUGGCUUUUUUACAAUAUCUAGAAGUUUACCAUUGA